AUGGCAUCAGACAUGAAGGCGACGGUCGAGCCCACCAAGAAGGGUUUCUCAGUUUGCGGCUACGAGAAGAUUGAGUACGACUUCGAGUUUCUCGAUGGUGUUUUCAACAAGCAGAACAGCCAGCUGGCUGACUGCUACUCGCGCUGGAAGCGAUGCCUUGCUGUCAUGGACCUCAACAUCUUCAACAUUUAUGGCAAGGAGAUGAAGGAGUACUUUGACCACUACAACAUUGAGCUCAAGAUUCACAAGACCAUGAUUGGAGAGAAGGCUAAAUCCAUGGAGACGUUGCUGAGCAUCGUCGACUCAAUGACCGAGUUUGGCGUCUACCGCAAGGAGCCCGUUCUCGUUGUAGGAGGUGGUCUCGUCACAGACGUUGCCGGCUUCGCAUGCGCUGCCUACCGCCGCAACACACCCUUCAUCCGCAUACCCACAACAGUCAUUGGUUUGAUUGAUGCUUCGGUAUCUAUCAAGGUCGCUGUCAAUUACGGCAACUACAAGAACCGUCUUGGCGCGUACCACGCGCCGACACACACCUUCCUUGACUUCACUUUCCUACGAACUCUCCCUACCGCGCAGAUCCGCAACGGCUUUGCCGAGCUCAUCAAGAUCUCUACUUGCGCACAUCUUGAGACGUUCAAUCUGCUUGACCGCUUCUGCGAGGAGUUGAUCAAGAGCGGUUUCGGUCGCUCUGAUGGAGCUAGCAAGGAGGUUAGAGAUGCGGCUGACAGGAUCAACCGCAACGGUAUCCAUGAGAUGUUAAAGCUUGAGACGCCCAACCUGCACGAGAUCAUGCUUGAUCGUGUCAUCGCCUACGGCCACACUUGGUCACCCCUCCACGAGCUUUCCCCUGAUGUGCCCCUGCGCCACGGCCACGCCAUCUCCAUUGACAUGGCGUACUCUGCAACUCUCGCACACGUCCUCGGCAAGCUCUCCUCAAAUGAGCACCGCCGCCUGCUGAACUUGUUCUCCCGCGCCGGUCUGUCCAUGGACCACCCGCUGUUCGACGAGGCCAUGCUCGACAAGGCUACCUCUGCUAUCCUCAAGACCCGUGACGGCAAGCUGCGCGCUGCCGUGCCCUCACCCCUGGGCUCCUGUGAGUUCCUGAACGACAUUUCCCACGAGGACAUGUGCGCCGCCCUCAAGGUGCACAAGGAUCUCAUGAAGGAGUAUCCCCGCCAGGGUGCCGGCCUCGAGGCUUACGUCGAUGCCAGCGACACUGGUUACACUAUCAACGGCUCCUCUGUGGAAGAUGAGUCUCGCAAGUACAUGAACGGUGUCGAGCAGACCGUUACACGCGAUGAUACCGUCUCCUCCAACGGCUCUUCGACACCCGAGUAUGGUUUGUCCAAUGGCAAAAACUUGGGCCAGGACAAGGCUACCUAUGCUUCAGCUGGCUUUGAGCCUGAGGUUUUGAAGAAACUGAACGCCGAGGAGAUGAAGAGUUCCAGCGGCUAUGGCAAGGUUCACGUUGAUGAGGAGUGUUGCUAA